AUCACUGACACCGGCGCGAACACCUGGCGACAGAGAAAAUUCAUAUUUUUCUCCUUAUUAGGCUAACUACAUACUUGAUUUUAGUUGUUUUUGAUAUAAAUUUUUCGUCAAUUGGUGGAAUAUCACAUGGAAAGUGCUCUUUGCUAGGAAUAACCUGGCAAAAUGUCUUCAUUAUAUCAUACGCAUCGGACCCAAUAACGAUACACUAAAUCUAAUCCAGACUAAACAAGCACCUCUCCUCUGAUGGCCUCCUUCUUACAACAGUUAAGACUACUACUCUGGAAAAAUGGUCUCAGUGUCAUCCGGCAGCCCACCUGGUCGCUGGCUCUCCUUGUCUGGCCACUUGUGAUCUUUAUUAUCUUGGCGAUCACCCGUUCACAGUUUCCACCAAAACUCAGAGACACAUGCUAUGUGGCGCCUAGAAACCUUCCGAGCACCGGGUUCUUCCCUUUCCUGCAGACACUCAUGUGUAGCACCGACAGUAUAUGCACCAGCAAAUCCUACCUAACAGAAGGACAGUCCAAAUCGUACUGGUACACAGGUCGUCGCCACCGCAGGGAUGCUGAAUCUCACAGUCUACCAACACUGUUCCAUGACCUACCUUCACUGGCCCAUCUACAGAAGGGAGGACUGAUUCACUCAAUCCUUAAAAGGGAUACAUCAAAUCCAGAGCUCCUAGAGCUAUGGGAUCGGAUGCUCAAUUCCAGCUUUCAAAACAUUCCCAAUGUGACUUCAGUCAUGCAAACGUUCAACAACACUGCACCGGUUGAUCAGACAAUGGAGUCCGUUUGGGAAUCUGUGAGCGUCUUGAAAAAAUCUUUAUGCAGCUUCUCCAUGACUGCCAUCAACACAUCAGCCAGUACCCAGGAUCUCUUUACACAAGGCUUAAUAAACUUCUGCAGCUCCAACGACACUGUUCUGGAAGCAUCCUUGCUCACCCUGAACCAGGUGCUUACAGAAAUGCUGCUCAAUAACCCGACAGAAGUAUUGGGAUCAAUUGGAGGGACUGUGGUGGGCCUAGAUAUGCUUCAACAGGAGACAUCAGUGUGGGAUUUCCUACUUGGCUUGCCUGAUCUCUUCCUAAAGCCCACAGAUGAAGAGAUAUUAAAUUCUGGAGCAGAGGAACUGGAAGAUCUUAAAAAUUUCUUGACAUUUCUCCAGAGGACUUUUCCUCAGGCCAACAUCUCUACUGCUGUCACAAACCCAGUCAUCACUAAAGGCAUUGGCUUUCUCAACUACAUGAGUGCUUGGAAAGGGAGAGAUGUGUAUUUCAAACUGAGUGAUGUCGUGACCCCAAGCAGCAUUGCUCUACUUAGCUCAGACAUAAAGGACCUUAUCAACCAAAUCCAGAUUCCUCUUGAUAAGAUUCUAGUGCUAUUCAACGAGGCACAUUUUCGUACCUUUUUGUGUGACCAAAACAUCAUCGCCUCUUAUUGUUGGAGUUGGGAAGCGGGCCAGAUAUUUGAAGGGAUAAAUACAUGGAAAGUUGUUGAACAGGUGCUGUUGACCUGGAGUCAGACCUCUGCCUCUGCAGACUUAGCCUUCACUAAGGAGGUGUUCAGCAGCUUGCUGGGCCUAGUCUCUCCAUCCAGUCUGGAUGCUGUUCUCAAACACAGCAGGUCCCAGCGCAGCAGUGAUGCUCAGCCACAGAGCCUGGGGGAACAAUUGGUCUUCGGAUUAAGCAGUACAGCAUUUGAUUUUCUACAAGGCAUGCCUGGCUGGGAAUACAUUCAGACUUUCAUGAUGGCUGGCCAUUCAUCCAUGCAGGUGGCGAGAGUUGCAAUGGAAGUACAGCUACCAUUCAUUGAUGUGGUCCUGAGAGACGCCAAGUAUGUCCAGGAGGCCUUCCUUUCUCUUAUGCAGAAUGAGACCUUUGCUAAGGCCUGGGCUGACCAUGCCAUGGACUCUAUUGUGCAAACCGUGGCCAAAGUUCUAGAGGGUCACACUAGCUGCAAAGACCUUUCUGCUCCCUGGGCUUGGAUGUCAACAUACAGCUCUAUAGACCUUCAGUUGUGGGGCACUCUAGUUUGCGCUGGGAAUGACACACGUCUUGAGGAAAUGCUGUUAACAUCACUUUUGCCAGUUACCGAGAAGGUCCAGCAGUUGGUUGGUGCUGUGAAUGGAACAGUAAUGUACAAUGUCACACCCUCAAUACUUAUGGCAGAGUGGCACAGCCUGUACACAACUGCCCUGCAGUAUGUCACUGCCCUCCAGGACCUGCAAACUGUGCUUAAUGAGAACUAUUUUGCAGCUUGGAUCCCAGGGAACAUUUCAGUUGGAUUGUCCCAGAUUCUGUUGACCAGGGCUACUGGCACAUUUGAGAAUGUGGGUUCUCUGCUAGAGAACAGCUAUCUGUGGCCCUCCAUGGAACCAUAUUUCCAUAUGGCUUAUUGGAUUUUGACCUACCAACCUAAUGCCACUGCAUCACCAAACUGCACACUUCUUCCAUCUGCCUUCACCUGUCAGACCGGCGUUACCUGGGAAACAGCUGUUCCACUGAUUCAUUCUUUGAUCUCUGAAAUGUCAAGAGAACCUGACAGCCUGUUAAGACCUCUCCAGGGGACAGUGGCUCUCCUCCAAAACAGUUACAUGCCACUUUUACAGCAAGUCAUUGCCAAUGGCCUACCAGGUCAGCUCCUUGGUAGUGACAUCUCACUACAAGACUUGUUGCUGAUCCUCAUUAAUACAGUUGAUAAAGAAAUUCAGCUCCUCUCCAACAUUCAGUCCACACAACAGUUUGACACUCAGCUCUCGCUCACUCUGUUAAACGACAUCAUGGCAGCUCUUGGACUGGGGCAGAUAGAGAACCUGUUGUCAGGAGGUUACCAAACAACCAGCAUGCACCCAGUCAUCAUGGGCAUCCUUCAGGUCUUGAACAAUGAGUCCAUCCAGAGGCUAAAUGUAGAGGAUAGUUUUGCAGUUCUUCAAGCAAUUUUGAGCCAACUUGGAGCCAUCUUGCCUCCAGAGCAGAAGUAUCAGUUAGAAGCAGUGCUAAAUAAGACUCAUGCCCUCAUUCAAGAUCUGGAGAUCUGUUCAGCUUUUGGCCAGGACUGUGUUGCUGAUGUCCAGAAUGUCUUUGAUAAUCUUGGAGCAAUCCUUGCAUUUGGAAAUAAUAUGACCAUCCCAAUUACACCUCUUCAGGGUAACAUGACUCUCCCUGUUGUGCUUGAUGUUCUCACUCUGCUCCUGCCAUGGAACAUGUCCCAGCCAGCAGAAGCCUCAAUGGAAAUUUUCAGGAAAAUUCAGUAUCUUCUUGAGCAGGCUUAUUCAUCUCCUGUUUUCAACAUCAGUCAAGUUUUACAAGAAUCCAAUCUCACCGUUUUUGAAUUAGAACAAGUCAAUUCAGUAAUUUAUUCUAAUUGGUCAGCAUCCGUACUGCAGACUCUGAAUAUGGCCAUUCAAGUCCCACAGUGCAUGAACACUCAAACCUCACAUUCUCCCCAAAAGCCUCCUGCUAAUGGACAGGCCGAAUGUGUCCUUCAGCUCAUCCAGACUGCUUCUGGUUUACUUGGAGUAAUACCUAUGGCAGAGAAUGCUCAAAUUACUCUAAAUAAUUGGCUUAACAUCAUUUCAGUAGAGUAUCAGAAACUAAAUAACAUGUCCAUUUCUGGAUCUGACCCACUUGCACUGACAGAAGAGGUGCUGAUAACAACACUGUCAGCCAUUAGACAAAACCUUCAGGGUCUUGAUGUGGAGAACAUCACUGAUAUUACAAAUGAACUCAACAUUCUGGAAGACCUCUUGAAAAAGGUAUUCAGAGAACCAUACCCUUACCACACCAUUAAUUCAACAUUGAUGGUACAGGGGCAGUAUGCACAGAAGGUGUAUGGAGAAAUCACACUGUGGUAUUUAAACAAGCUUGGAAAUGCCACCAGUGACAGUAUGUUUGCAGAGAUUCUCCAUCAACUGAAACACAUGACUGAAAUGCACGUGGCACUCAUCAAUGAAGAAGCAGAUAUGGUGACGCUAGUAAUGAAUCAGAUCCAGAACCUGACUCAUGUGAGGUUUCCUCUGGAAGGCGAGGAUCUUGUACAAGUUGCCAAUACAAUCAUGACCAUGCUGCAGGGUGAGCUGGCAUUGAUUAAAGGAACUCUUGAGAUCCAGCAGGCAUUCUACGAUUCUCUAGGCUCCCCAAUGAACAUCAGUAUUCCUGCUGAAAUUGAAGCUCAGAUCAUGACCUACCUCAGCUUGACAAAGGAGUGGAUAACUAACCCACAAGUGAUGAUGGCACUUGCUAGAAUUUUCCAGUGGGAAAUUAGCUCUGUAGAUAUCACAACACCUGGGAAGGAUCUUGAACAGCUCCUCCGAGCCUUGACUCCCCUACUCAGUCCUGAAGAUCAAGAGUACCUUGCUGUUGUUGACCAGUUCUCUCAGGCAGUAAACUACGCUCUACAGGUGGCUAGCAUUGAUGGUGGUGUCCAAAGUGAAAACUUCACAGAAGCCAUCAUCAGUGCUGUGAGAGUGAUUCUGGAGAGUAUUUCAAAUGAAACUGGAGCUCUACCUAAGGAUGUGGCUAACAAUAUUCUCAGAGCUUUCAAUGGUUUCCUUCAGCUGAUCCUGAACCCCAAUGUGAGCUAUGCACAAGCUAUUACCCUAACACAGGAGACUAUCCAGAUGCUAGAGGGAGCGAUUAAUACCCUUUUACCAGCAGAGGCAGCUGAGGUGUUGGUUCCCAUUAAAAACAGCAUUUUAUCCUAUCUGAAUAACAUCUCCCAGCCUGCUGGAUUUGACCUUUGGAAUGAACUCAUUAUAAAUGUGAUGAGAGAGCUUCAGAAUUCCCUACCAUCAAACAACACAGCUCAGCCCAUCAUAUCAAUGGUAAUCAAGCUCACAGAAAACCUUCUGAGCUCAAAUGAAGGCAACUUGACCAAGGACUGGAUCAUUAACCAACAACUGACAAUGGCACUAGCUGAAAUCUUCCAGGGGAGCGUUAGCUCUGUAGAUCUUGCAGCAGCUGGGGUGAAUCUGGACCAACUUUUGCAAGCCAUGGCCCCCCUACUCUCCCCUGAGGACAGAGUCUUCAUUGCUGUUGCUGAACAGGUGUCUCAGAGACUAACCUACGCUCUACAGGUGGCUAGCAUUGAUGGUGGUCUCCAAAGUGAAAACUUCACAGAAGCUGUCAUUAGUACUGUCAGAGUAGUUCUGGAGAGUAUUUCAAAUGAAACUGGAGCUCUACCUCAGGAUGUUGUUAACAAUGUUCUUGGUGCAUUUAAUGGUUCACUUCAGCUGAUUCUGAACCCCAAUAUAAGCUAUGCCCAAGCUAACACCCUAACACAGGAGACUAUCCAGAUGGUAGAGGGAUUGAUUCAUACCCUUUUACCAGCGGAGGCAGCUGAGGUGUUGGUUCCCAUUAAAAACAGCAUUUUAUCCUAUCUGAAUAACAUCUCACAAUCUGCUGGAUUUGAUCUUUGGAAUGAACUCAUUGUAAAUGUGAUGAGAGAGCUUCAGAAUUCCCUACCAUCAAACAACACAGCUCAGCCCAUCAUAUCAAUGAUAAUCAAGCUCACAGAAAACCUUCUGAGCUCAAAUGAAGGCAACUUGACAAAAGACUGGAUCAUUAACCAACAACUGACAAUGGCACUUAGUGCAAUCUUCCAGGGGAGCGUUAGCUCUGUAGAUCUUGCAGCAGCUGGGGUGAAUCUUGACCAACUUUUGCAAGCCAUGGCCCCCCUACUCUCCCCUGAGGACAGAGUCUUCAUUGCUGUUGCUGAACAGGUGUCUCAGAGACUAACCUACGCUCUACAGGUGGCUAGCAUUGAUGGUGGUCUCCAAAGUGAAAACUUCACAGAAGCCGUCAUUAGUACUGUCAGAGUAGUUCUGGAGAGUAUUUCAAAUGAAACUGGAGCUCUACCUCAGGAUGUGGUUAACAAUAUUUUUGGUGCCUUUAAUGGUUCACUUCAUCUGAUCCUGAACCCCAAUAUAAGCUAUGCCCAAGCUAACACCCUAACACAGGAGACUAUCCAGAUGCUAGGGGGAGCUAUUCAAGGCCUUUUGCCAGCGGAGGUGGCUGAGGUGUUGGUUCCCAUGAAAAACAACAUUUUAACAUAUUUACAGACCAUCUCCCAAUCUGCUGGACAAGACAAAUGGAAUGAAGUUAUUGUGAAUGUGAUGAGAGAGCUACAGAAUUCACUGCCAUCAAACAACACAGCUCAGCCCAUCAUAUCUGUGAUUCUCAAGGUCACAGAGUAUAUUCUAAACUCAAAUGAAGGAAAUACAAACAUGUGGCACAACCUAGGCAACUUCAGUUUUGGCAGCCUAAAUGAAAUAACAGAACAGCUUGCAGUCUUUCUGGGCUCUACGUCACCAUUCAUGAAUGAGUCCACCCAGACUGUCACAGAAUCUGUAGGUGUUUUGGUCCAGAUCCUUUCUGGGAGUGCUGACCAGCUGACCUUUGACAAGUUGGAGAAGAUGCUGGCUGCUCUGUUUUCAACCUUCAAAGGUACUCCUAUGUGGGAUUCGUUGCCGUCUGUUGUGUCCACAAUUCAACAAGCCAUUGUCAACAGUGCUCACAACAUGCAGGCACAAACAGAGCUCCUCCACAGCCUCCAGCAGCCAUUGUCCAGCCUUUUGUCAGGCAUUUUUCAUGGCAUGAACACAAGCAGUUUCACUACUCAGUCCUUUGUUGGUGGAUUGCCACAGGCCCUUGUGUCAACUGCUGAAGCUGCUCUGCAGGCUGGUUUGGAGGGUCAUAGCCUGAACUGCAGCUACAUGCAGCAAAUAUGGCAGGAUGUCAGAGUUGGUGCUGGAAUAAGUGAAGACACUGUUGCUUUGUGGUGUAACAUCAGCCUACUGCCAAUCAUAGCAGCCUACAAUAAACCAGUUCCAGCCUUUAAUAUGACGGGAAUGGUCAUGAACCCUCUAUGGAUAAACACCACUGCAGGAAUGAUGGCCGAGUCACUGGAGACUUUCUAUGGGGCGUUUCUGAACAGUACCUUUGCUAGCAGUCACCUUACAGAAGUCCUGUUGCAUUACACUUCAAUGCUAUCCAACCUCUCAGUGCUAGAAAUAACAAACCAGGCUGACUGGAAUGUCCAGUUCCUCCAGAUGCAGCUGUACCAAAGCCUCUCCUCAGUACAAAUGGCUCUGGAGCAAAUUAAGACAGAAGCUCCCUGGAUGACGCCAUACAUCGAGGCAAUUGGAAAAACUAUAGAGGUCAUCCUACAGAAUGGCAAUCUCCUUCAGAAUUCAACUGUAAGCCCUCAGAUCAUCAUGCAGGCUCUGGAGAUCACGCUCACCGGAAUGAAUUUUACAAAGGAAACCAUUAAUUACAUCCUGAGUGGAGACAUAUUUAUGAACCCCAAUGGAAGCACAGUUGACAGUUUAAUAAAAGAGGUUAUCCAGCAAAUCAUUGGUAUGGGAUUGCUGGGCGACUGGCCCACCCUUUAUGGAAUAAUGCAGCAAAUUCUGUAUUUGGAAGAUACAAGUAGCAUCCUAUGGAAAACUGUUGAUUUUUUCAACUGGCUGUACACUACUCAAGAUACCGGACUAAAUUUUGUCUUGGAGAUCCUGCGCAAGCUAUACAAUAUAGUAAGAGAUGCCCUAACCAAGAUGCCACUGCCGUGUCUCUCAAAAACCUUUAUUGACCUUUCGGGGAAUGUUUUGUACAUGCUGAAACAGAUCAAACUAACCAGUGACCUCUUCGACCCUGUGGAGCAAUAUCUAAGCCCACUUAAAAUGCAAAUUGCUCAGGGACAGAACCUACAAGGUCUUGUGUCCCACACAAGAAAUGCCAGAAGAAUUGCUAGCGAAGUACCGAGAGAGCCAGUGGAUGACUUCCUUGACCUACUUGGCAUCGACUACCAAGCCUUGCUUGAGGUUCUUUCCAUUCCACCCACCUCGACUGAAAUUCUGGAGACUAUUCAUGUUUUCUUUGCAAAUCCAGACUUGGGUGUCAUCCUGAAGGGUUAUUUGAGUGAAAUUAAUGGAAACACAGGUCAGGAGGAAACCAUUGACACAGCUCUGAACGUGCUGUCCUACUUGACACUCCCUAGCAAUGGACAGCAGUUCCUAGAGAUGUUCAUGGACAUUGGUAGUGAAGGGUGGAGUUUGCAGGACCUUGAUAAAGUAGAGAAAUUUGCAGAGAGCCUAGGAAGAACAAUUGACGUGGCCAUGGUGCUAUCCGACCAGCCACCUCUGAACAUUGCGCAAAGAAUCGAGCACAUGGCCCAACAACUUCAAGCUUUGGUGUCAAAUAUCAUCUUACAGGGUGAAAUGGCACUGACACUGAUCCAAUUCCUAACGGCGCUCAACAACAUCCUUACCGAGAACUUUGAGGAAAUCAAGGACAUCAGCCCUCAGGUCACUGGCAUUCUCCAAAACAUAAUUGGCUCGUUUUCCAGUCCAGGGUCUCAGAUGAGUGCAGCAUCCUAUUUAGCAGCCAUGGAUCAAACUGCAGAAGCCUUCGAAUCACUUCCCUCUGGAGAGGUAGCUGUGUAUUUCAACAUAUCUGGACAAAUGCUGCAAGCCUUUGCAUUGCUUGAGGCAUAUCCCGGAGACAUAGAAAAAGUCAUGAUGUCCACCAGCAUGAUUUCAAACUCCCUAAACCAUGUCCUUGCCCUCUCGAAUAUUACAGCUCUUCCGAAUGGACAAUCUGUUCAAGAGGUCACCCAUCCCCUCAUCCUUAGCAGUGCCAUGGCCACACACAUCCUAUUCAACCUCUCCAUGUUAAACUCUAGCCUGACCAGCGGUGCUGAGAGGGAGAUGCUUUUGACCCAGACGUUCAAUCAGAUGGUUGUCGUUCUCCCCAAGGAAACGCACAUGUACCUCUUCGCUAUCAAAUCGGCUCUAUUCACUGCCCUCUCGAGAGUAUCAAACACUGCGGAAAUCACAUCCCACUUCCCAGAAAUCUCCCAGCUGGUUACACAGUCUCUUCUUAACUCUCUAAACAUUACUUAUGAUCCAACAUCCAUGCAUAUGACUCCAGAUGGCCUUGUUUACAUCUUGAUGACCAUGUCUAAUCAAGUGUCCAUGAGUCUCUACGAGGGCCUUAUGUUAUCCGGUUCCCCAAUGCAAAUCUCACAAGCCUUGAACUCUUUAAGUGAGGUUGCAUCUUCUAUAUACUCAAUAAUGCCUGUUGAGGGACGGCCAUACAUCAAUAUCACACUCAACCUAAUAGAGACAAUGUCUUUUGUUCUUAACGACACCAGCACCUUUGGGGAUGUCAAUGGGGCUGUAACUCAAGUAGCCAGUUCUGUCAACAACCUUCUGGCCUUGGUGCACAACAUGAACACAAAUUCCUCCAGCACCAUUAUAGGUGACCUAGAGCAGACCCUGAAGACAAUCCUAAUGAUCAUCCAAGCAGACCAAAGCCCUCUUACCCAAACAGCUGAUAUUACCCAGCAGCUGCUGCACACCAUCCAAAAUCUCAUCUCGCUAGGCAAUAGCAGCAAUGUGGAGUCUGAAGUCGCCAAAAUAGUGCUGGGGGCUUCUAGCAUGAAUAUUGGCCAUCUGCUGGGGAUGAAUGACACUAACUGGACUGACAAGCUGCCUGUGCUGUUGACAAACCUUGCUAAUAGCCUUCCAGAAGACCUGCCGUAUUCUUCUCUUAUUAAGUCCAUCAUGAGAAGUCUGGCCAACGAAUCCCAAGAAAAUCUGCAUCUUCUACUGCAUGUGAUAAACACCGCCUUUGAAUUAGGCUCAGCCAACUGGGCAAAUGAGAGUUCGGGCAUGAUACUGGACCACCUGUUAACUAAGGUGUGUGCUCUGGAAAACAUGGCUUCUGUGCAGCUGAUCACCCAGGUUCUGCCUCUGGGCCCCAGAUUGCUAUGUGACACUGUUGUUCCUGCAGUUCAGGCCUUCCAUGUACUCACAACCAACCUGGUGAACCAAAGCACCGACAUCUAUGAUCUGAUUUUCCAGACUUUCAUUGGAGACCCUAACACUUACAACACAGAAGUGGACUGGACAUCAACUCUCUCUCAAAUUGUGGGCUUCAACGUCUCAACUCUGAAAAAUCUUAAUAUCAAUAUUUCAUCUCCAGCUGAAGUGAAAGUAUCAGAGCUGCUGAAAAACACCACUCUGUUUGUUCAGGAUGUCAAGCGGUAUACCAGCUUCCCCCCUCAUAUUCUUCAGGCUCUAUUAGAUUACUCUCUACCCAGCAGCAACAUGCAGAUCCUGGCAUGGUUGGCAAACCUGCACCAGUGCUCAGACCCCUCGUCUUUGCAACUGGACCCUGCAGGGCAGGAGAUCUUCAGUACCUUCUGUGAACUGUCACAUGAAUGGUACAGCAUCACGAUUCUCUUUCUUCGCCAUGUGGACACAAAGGAGGCUUUAUUCAGGCUGCUGUUGUCCAAAGAAAUUCAGGAUUUGGUGGCAAUCAUGCUAGAGAUGGUCAAGUUUUUGACGGACAUGAUGCACAAACUGGUACCUGCCCUUAACAAACUGCAGGAAUAUCUGACAAACAUUGGAGAACUAAACUUGGUGGCCAACCAAGAGUUCCACAGUCUGGUGAGGGGAAAGCGGUCCACCAUGUCUAGCAGAGCCACCUUUAGUACCAUUGCUCGUGCCUUAUGUAAAAACGGCAUCCUGACGUUGUUCGCCAUUGCAAAAGUUCCUAUCGUAACCGAGACUGAUCCUUCUGUCCAGACGGACCACAAAAGAGAAGAGCUGAUUAAGAAGUUCAAAAUCCCACCCGAUGCUAGUCCCUUCUGUAUGAACCUCUACUUGGAUAUGGUGAACACUACAGGCGGCGCAGUGGCCUGGGCCUUCCUCAAACCCAUGCUGUUAGGACAGGUCCUGUACUCACCAGACACACCAGUGACGAGAGAGAUCAUGAGAAAGUCAAAUUCCACACUGCACCAGUUUGGUGAUCUAAAGCUGUAUGCGUCUGAAUGGAUAGAGUCAUCGUCAUAUGUGAUGCAGUCUGCCAACAUCCUGACAAAAACCUUGCCAAUACUUCAGAAUUCUCUGCGCAAUCCUUUCGUCCAAAACUUCAUUCAGACUCAGACCGGCAUUGAUGUUACACAAAUGAGCGCCACUCUCAACCAAUUCUCAAACAUGACAGUCCUUUUAGAGAAAAACAAGUUUAUCAUGGAGCAGAUCACCACCCUCUCCAUGCUGAUGAUGAACCUUUCCUCCUGUGUCAACUUCGACCGCUACCGAGCCUUCAACUCAACUGAUGAACUCGACGAGCAGGCGGAGAGACUGGCUCAAAACCGUGAGCUCUACGCCAGCAUUAUUUUCAAACUUCCUGAGGAGACCUCCAGCAGCCUGCCCUCGAACAUUGACUACACCAUCCGAAUGAACAUCGAGAAUGUCAUGCGCACCGACCGCGCACGGAAUCCCUUCUGGGUGAAAGAUGCCUUCAUGUCAGACGAGACCCAGCGGUACAACCGAGGCUUCGUGUACCUGCAGGAGAGCAUCGAGAGAGCCAUCAUCGAAAUGCAGACGGGUAAAGCCAUAGAUGAGCCCGCGGUGCAGAUGCAGGCAUUCCCUUAUCCCUGCUACUUCAAGGAUGAGUAUCUCAACAGCAUUGCUUUUGCCUUCCCAAUGGCUCUCAUGAUUUCCUGGGUGCUGUUUGUUGCCCACUUUGUGAAAAAACUCGUCCACGAGAGAGAACUGCGACUUCAUGAGUACAUGAAAAUGAUGGGGGUCAAUCCCAUCAGCCAUUUCUUUGCCUGGUUAAUUGAAAGUGCUGUGUUCCUGCUGGCGACUGUCAUCAUCCUCACUAUCAUUUUGAAAGUUGGCGGCAUCCUUCCUCGCAGCAAUGGCUUCGUGCUCUUCCUCUACCUUUGCGACUAUGGCUUCAGCGUCCUUGCAAUCAGCUUCCUGGUCAGCUCCUUCUUCGAUAAGACUAACAUCGCCGGGCUGAGCGGCAGCCUUAUCUAUGUCAUCUGUUUCUUCCCCUUCAUCGUGCUGAUCCACUUGGAGGACAAUCUUUCCUUCAGUGUGAAGAGUGCUCUGAGUCUCUUUUCUCCGACAUGCUUCAGUUACGCCAGCCAGUAUAUUUCCCACUAUGAAAAACAGGAAGAAGGCAUCCAGUGGAGCAACAUGUAUAUCUCUCCUCUGGCUGGUGACACUUCGUCCUUCGGUUGGCUCUGUUGGCUGCUCCUCAUCGACUCAGUGGUAUAUUUUAUCAUUGGGAUUUACAUCCGCAUGGUCUUCCCAGGAAAGUAUGGCAUUGGUGUUCCGUGGUACUUCCCAGUGACUCGGUCCUUCUGGACAGAUAUGUUCAGCUGCUGUAGCAGAACGCCAAAGAAAAUAGGCAGAGGGCUGCUCUUUACUAACAUGAUGCACGAACAAAACAACACUGACAAGAGCAAAGGUAAAAGUAGCUUGGCGGGUAAUGGAGAAGAAGACUUCUCAGGAUUGCCUGUUGGAGUCUCUCUGUAUGGCCUGACAAAGACCUACGGCAACCGGCAUGCUGUAGACAAUCUGAACCUUUCUUUCUAUGAGGGACAUAUCACCUCUCUGCUGGGUCACAAUGGAGCUGGAAAAACCACCACUAUGUCACUUCUGACAGGGUUGUUUGCACCCUCCAGCGGCACCAUUGAGGUGAAUGGGAUGGAUAUGCAGACGUCUAUAGAUGAUGUGCGUAAGGAGAUGGGCGUGUGCAUGCAGUAUGAUGUCCUGUUUGACCACCUUACCACAAAGGAACACCUGCUGCUAUACUCUCAGAUUAAAGCACCCCACUGGACCAAACAGGAAGUGAACGAACAAGUGCGAAGAAUCCUAAUGGAAACAGACAUGCACGCCCACCGCCACAAGCGUGUCGGCACCCUGUCAGGAGGUAUGAAAAGGAAGCUAUCCAUCUCCAUUGCCUUCAUUGGAGGCUCACGGCUGGUGGUGCUAGAUGAGCCGACCACCGGGGUGGAUCCCUGUUCCCGACGCAGCAUCUGGGACAUUGUCCUUCAGCACAAGCAAGAGCGUACCAUCAUUCUUUCCACCCAUCACCUGGAUGAGGCUGAAGUUCUCAGUGACCGCAUCGCCUUCCUGGAGCGCGGAGGCCUCAAAUGCUGUGGUUCGCCCUUCUACCUCAAAGACAAGCUGGCUAAGGGCUACAACCUCACCCUCACAAAGAAGGUUCAGACUCCUGAUUCCAACGAUAAGUUUAACAUUGAAGAACUCAGGGCUUUCAUUCAAUCCUACCUGCCUGACGCUCAGCAGAAGGAGGGAGAGGUGGGCGAUUUGGUCUAUGCCCUCCCAUCGUACACCCCCCAGAACGCAGCUGCGUACCAGUCUCUGCUCACCGGUCUGGAUCAGAAUCUGGACAAGCUUCAGCUGGGCUGCUAUGGCAUUUCCGACACCACCCUGGAAGAGGUGUUCCUGCAGUUGACUCGAGACGACUUGGAGCCUAAAGAAAGUGAAACCUGGUCUGUAUCAGAGUCUGUGAUAGCGAAUGACAUGUUUGCCUCAAGAGACAGCAUUCCUGACGAUCUCAACAGCACGUACCUUGGAGAGAAAGCCAGCCUCACUGGGACCUCAGCCGUGCGUGGGUUUGCUUUGACCACGCAGCGGGUGAUGGCCAUGUUGCUGAAACGCGUGCAUCACUCCAGGAGGGACUGGAAGGGGCUGUUCUCCCAGGUGUUGUUGCCUGUACUCUUUGUAAUUGCUGCCAUGGGCCUGGGCUCCAUCAAGAGUGAUCUUCAGCACUUUCCUAAGAUUGUGCUCUCUCCUGCUCUGUACCACGUUGAUGAACAGUAUAGCUUCUUCAGCAAUCAGAAUCCUGCCACCAACAGUCUUGUAGAUUCCAUGAUGUCCCAUCCAGGCAUUGACCACGUUUGCACGAGAGACCCCACAGAUUCGGUUUGUAAAGAGAGAUCUGCUGCAGCAAGUGAGACCUGGAUCUCCAGAGGCAACAGCUCUGCUACAUUUACCACCUGCAAGUGUAGCAACCAAGUGCAGUCAUGUCCUGCAUCCAAUUUCGAACCACCUCACAAAAUAAAUCCAUCAUCCCAGGUUGUCUACAACCUGACGGGCAUCAACAUAGAGGACUACCUGCUGGCCACUGCCAAUGACUUCAUCAGAAACAGAUAUGGAGGCUGGGACUUUGGAAAGCCUCUUCCCAUUGAUCUUAAGAUGGACAUGUUAGAUGUGCCAGCUAACAGAACCCUUAGUAAGGUUUGGUAUAAUCCAGAAGGUCACCACACCAUGCCUGCCUACCUCAACAGCCUUAACAACUUUAUCCUGAGAUCCAAUCUGCCACCAGAGAAACGACAACAAUAUGCCAUCUCCAUAUCCAGCCACCCUUACCCUGGACAAGUGCAAGACGAGGAUGUCAUGGUGGGCGGUUUGGUCAGCAUCCUGGUUGCUCUCUGUGUCCUCACUGGUUACUCCAUCAUGACUGCAAGCUUUGUCAUCUAUGAGGUUCAGGAACAUCACACUGGCUCCAAGAGACUCCAGCAGAUCUCUGGCAUCAGCGAACCUUUCUACUGGAUCAUCAACUUUUUCUUUGAUAUGGCUCUUUACAUGGUUCCUGUGGUCCUCUCGGUGGCGAUGAUAGCAGCGUUCCAGCUCCCAGCGUUCACAGAUAGGCAAAACCUCGGCGCGGUCACACUUCUGCUGGUGCUAUUUGGAUUCUCUACCUUCCCUUGGAUGUAUCUUCUGUCUGCGGUAUUCAAGGAUACAGAGAUGGCCUUUAUCGGUUAUGUUUGCAUCAAUCUCUUCAUCAGUGUCAACACCAUCAUCUCCACAUCCAUUAUUUACUUCCUUGGUCAGCUCAACCAGAAUGACCAGAGCAUCCAGGAUGUGUACCGUACCAUGAGCAACAUAUUCCUAGUCUUCCCUCAGUUCAGCUUUGGCAAUGGGUUGAUGGAGUUGGCACGGGUUGACAUGCAGGUGCAGAUCUUGAGCGCUUUUGGAGUGGACGCCUACAAGAACCCCUUCAGCAUGGAUGUUCUGGGCUGGAUGUUCAUCUCCAUGUUCCUGCAGGGUUUCAUCUGCUUCAUGCUUCGCCUGCUACUUAACAAGACGCUCCUUCGCAAAAUCAGAUGGUUAGUCUGCUGGAAGAAGAAUGUUGUUCAGAGCUAUAGCCCCAAUGAAGAUGAAGAUGUGGUGGCUGAACGUCUGCGUGUGGACCGUGGAAAUGCGAAUGCUGAUAUUCUGCAGGUUAACCAUCUGACUAAGGUGUACCAAAACCUGAAAAAGAGGGUACAGGCGGUGAAGAGGCUGUCUGUGGGCAUCCCAGCUGGCGAGUGCUUUGGAUUGCUGGGAGUCAAUGGUGCAGGAAAGACCACUACCUUCAAGAUGCUGACAGGAGACAUUAGCCCUACUGAUGGCUCGGCCAAGAUCCGUGACAUUGACGGGAGAAUGGUUGACAUCAUAGACUGCAGGAGAGAGGGCAUAAACAUUGGUUACUGCCCCCAGGUGGACGCACUGGAUGACCUCCUGACUGGAGAAGAACAUCUCUAUUUUUACGCCCGUAUCAGGGGCAUCUCCAAGAGGGAGACUGACCAGGUUGUGAACUAUCUGUUGAAAAAGUUGGAGCUCAAUUACCAUAGACACAACACAAGUGAGAGCUACAGUUGCGGAACACGCCGGAAGCUGUCGACAGCCUUGGCCCUGAUCGGAAACCCUCAGAUCCUUCUCCUGGAUGAACCCAGCUCUGGAAUGGACCCACGUUCCAAACGUCACCUUUGGAAGAUCAUCUCUGAGCAAGUGAUGGGCAAAUGUGCUGUGAUCCUGACAUCACACAGCAUGGAGGAGUGUGAGGCCCUUUGCACCCGUCUGGCUAUAAUGGUAGAAGGACAGUUCAGAUGCCUCGGCUCCCUACAGCACAUCAAAAACAGGUUUGGUAAAGGAUUCACGGUGAAGAUGUACUUAGCUGGACCCUCCUGCGAUGUAGAUAUGAUCAGUAACUUCAUGCAGCAGAAUUUCCCCAGCACGUGCCUGAAGGAUCAUCACUCAAAUAUGGUGGAAUACCACGUGCCUGUUGCUCCCGGUGGUGUGGCUUCAAUCUUUGGUCUGUUAGAGUCCAACAAGGCUGUACUGCAAAUCAAACACUUCUCAGUCAGUCAGACCACUUUGGAUGAGGUUUUCAUUAACUUUGCCAUGGGGAAGACGGACACAGAGGAACAGGAAGUCACUGAAGGAACGGACAUUGACAGUCUAGACUCGUACAAUGCUUUGGACUGAUGAAAUACUUGCACAUUAUGGGAUUUAAUUGACCCCAAAAAGAUGUUAAUUUAAUACAUAGGAAAUCUUUCAUAGGCUAUAUAUUGGUGUUGUGAUUUUUAUGAAAGACAAAAAAAUGUAUUUUGUAUUGAAUAAUGAAGUUGCCGAAUACCUUAAGGAUAAUUAUUGAGGAUUUAUAUGAAUAAUUAUGUGUUCAUUUACUCUUUCUGCUCUUCCAAACUUGGGUUCAAAUAUUGCUCAACAUUAAAGGAACUUGUUAUGGAAGUUUGUUGCUAUUUGUAUUACCUUAAAAGGGUUAAUAUGCAGAAAGUUUACAUUAGUUUACAUAGUUUGAUGCAAUCCAUUAAUCUUUCAUUUGUCAUCAAACAACUCUGCUGCUUAUCAAAGAAAAUGAAGUCAUUUAUUUACUAAAUUGUUUGAAAUUUUAUUAGCUCUACCGAACAACCAGCAAUGUGGUACUCAAUACAGAAUUAAAUAUGUAUGCAGAGUGAAGAGUCCAUCCUCUUAAACUGCUAGCUGCAUCGAUGCAGCUCUUGUCUGGGGUUGAUAUAAAUCACAAAGACCUUUUUGGCUCCAAGAUAUAAAUGAUUCUUCAAUGUCUGCACAUCUUCACUCUCAUUAAUAUUUUCUCUGAAGGCACAUCUCUUGUGCAAGAAUGUACUAAAUAUUUCAUCGGCCCUUUCCUCUGUCUGCUUCAAGGCACUGUUUCUCUUUUAAAAAUGUACCAAGCUUAUUUUUACAUUAAAGCUAUUUUUCACAUGCA